UGUUCGGAAAAACAUACCAUGGACGACGAAAGUCUUGUUUGGAUCUCCCAGGGGUAAAAAAGCAGUUUACUUUAAGCACACAAUUAAUGAUAGAUUCUACCAUGUUUUAAAAGCAAGUAAUUUCAAGAUCUUCGAGAAGUAUUUCCGCCCAACCCUCAAACCAUCCCCUGCCACCUCCCCUCCCACGACUAAAAUAAUUGCGUGUUUCACCGGCAUAGCGAGACACAAUUUGAUAUCGUUUCUGGUCACUUAAAGCCGACCUUACGCUGUUACAGGGAAAUAGUUUUACGAAGACUAGACGCGCCCAAAAACAUCCUCGACCAAACGUGCGCUACCGGUCGACACUGACUUCGCAAUUGCAAUAAGAUGUUGCAGCAACCAAGAUCAAGAGUAGAGAAUGAUUAUUUCAUAGGACAAAGUUCUGGAAUUUACGAUGAGCUUCGUUUCUACGAAAACCCGUCAGUCGAAUUGGAUUUCAGCAGUCUUGAUGUGGCUGCGUUUACGAAAAACAGCAGUGUGUACAGAAAUCAAUCCCCUAAAACGCAAGCAAAGGAAGCAAGGAAAAGUCGUCCUGAACCCAUGUCGUACAUGGAGGAGACAGACCCAUGCGGGAAGUUGUACCACUCGACAUCGCGACGAAUGAAACGUCUCGUGGCACUGAAUUCAAUUCUGUCUGUUCUGACCCUAAUUUGUCUUGGGUUCACAAGUUUUCUUUGUUACAAACUGCUUAUUGAGAACGACGGAGGGACCUGCGAAGGAUGCCACAAUGAUACACCAGUGUCAGGAUUUCCAACAGUGAUGCCCAGAGUCGCGUGGAAAAAUCUCUCAGAAAAUGUACAAACCCUCAAGGACAACGUUUCAUCCCUGGAGGAGAUCAGUGUUAUUUUAAGCACGGUAUGUAAAUAGCGCGAGUAAUCGUGCAAAGGCUUAGCGGAAACUUCAAUUGUGUUUUGUUUAGUUUUUUCGUUACGUACUACCGGUUCUAGAUAAGGGAAAAAGUGUUCCAGU